CUGUGCCCACUAGAGACACCAGGGAGGGGAGAGGAAGGUCAGCCAGACUCAUCAUUCUCUGACUCGUCACUGUUUGCUCACUGGGGUCAGGAGCUCAGUCCGGACAACCGGCGGGUGGCACUGAAGAUGUUCCAGUACUAUGGAUAUAAUGCCUACCUCAGUGAUCGUCUCUCUCUGAGCAGGCCGAUACCCGACCUCAGACCCGAUGGGUGCAGAAACAUUACUUAUUCUCUGAAUCUCCCUCAAGUGAGCAUCGUGUUCAUUUUUGUGAAUGAAGCCUUCUCUGUCAUCCUGCGAUCCAUCCACUCUGCCAUCAACAGAACCCCCUCCCACCUUCUUAAAGAGAUAAUCCUCGUGGACGACAACAGCAAUAACAAUGAGCUGAAGGAGAAACUGCAAGAUUUCGUGUCCGAGACUAACAGUCAGCGUCCAGGAUUCAUUAAGUUGGUGCGGCAUGCCAAGCAGGAGGGUUUGAUCCGGUCCAGAGUGAGUGGAUGGAGGGCUGCCACGGCCCCAGUCGUUGCCCUGUUUGAUGCCCACGUUGAGUUUAACGCUGGCUGGGCCGAACCUAUUCUGCAGAGAAUUAAGGAGGACAGGACUCGAAUAAUAUCCCCAUCAUUUGAUAACAUCAAGUAUGACACAUUCGAGAUUGAAGAGUAUCCACUGUCUGCCCAGGGCUUUGACUGGGAACUCUGGUGUCGCUACCUCAAUCCCCCCAAGUCUUGGUGGCACAAGGGUAAUAAGAGUGCACCAAUCCAGAGCCCAGCUCUGAUUGGCUGCUUUGUGGUGGACAGGCUGUACUUUGAAGAGAUUGGUCUGCUGGAUGAAGGGAUGGAGGUGUACGGAGGAGAAAAUGUAGAGCUGGGCAUCAGGGUGAGUAAUGUUGUCAUGCCUGUGGUGUCCAUUGUUCUUUCAAGCAAUGUAUGA